AUGCCUCAAUAUGCCAAGUUCAUGAAGGAGACACUUUCUAAGAAAAGGAAGUUGAGUGAAGAGAAUGACAUCGUUGAGCUUACUGAGGAGUGUAGCGCUAUUCUGCAAAAGAAGCUUCCACCUAAACGAAAGGAUCCAGGUAGUUUCACUCUACCUGUUAAUUUUGGGGCUUCAAAGGAAGUGAGAGCUUUAAGUGAUUUAGGGGCAAGCGUCAACCUAAUGCCCCUAUCAAUGUUCGAGCGACUUAAUGUUGGAGAGGUGAAGCCAACAAUGAUGAUGCAUCAACUAGCGGACCGCUCCAUGGUGACUCCUUGGGGAGUUGUUGAAGAUGUGCUAGUGAGAGUAGGAGAGUUUGAGUUCCCGGUGGAUUUUGUGAUAAUUGAUAUGGAUGAGGACUCUAAAAUACCAUUGAUUCUGGGAAGACCGUUCCUAGCAACUUCACAAGCGAAAAUAAAUGUGGGAAAAGGAACAAUAUCUUUAAGGGUAGCUGAUGAGAAAAUCACUUUCACCAUAUUUGACCUGAAGCUAAAGCAAAUUGAGAAGAAUGAUGCAUUCUUGGUGGAGAUGAUGGACGAGUGGAGUGAUGAGAAGUUGAAGUAG